CCCCCGUUUCCGCUGGCGGUGGCUGUGGUGGUGGCGGCGAGGGAGCGCGAGGGAGCCGGGAUCCAGCAUUCCUGGGAGCUCGGAAUAUCCUGGGAUCUUAUCUGUCAGCAGCCAAGGUGCUUGUAGGAAAUUCAAAGAAAACAGCUGUCUCCCAGAUCACUUCAUUUCUAGACCCCACCACCCUGUGCCGCCUUUGGACGCACUCCAGCUUGUUUGUUGUUCCCUAGACUCGGCCUGAGCCUUCCCUGUGGAGAUGUACACAGAGUGCCAGAAUGAGUGCUGAUCCAGAGCUUCUGUGGCUCCAUGCUGACCAGCUGCCCGCCUGCCAUCCAAGUCAAGCUUUGCCAGACCUCCCUUACCCUUGGUUUGAGGUUCAGUGGUUUGGUGCAGUCCGUGAAGGCUCUGAGUCUCUGCCCAGGCAUUCAGGACCUGGAUGAGCUUCAGAUGAGCAAGGCAGCUGUGUGAUUCUUUAAUCUCCUCCAGUGGGUAGAGGAUUAAGCAAUUUUUUGAAUUUAAGAAGUGCAACAUGGCCAGGGGCUGCCUCUGCUGUUUGAAAUACAUGAUGUUCCUCUUCAAUUUGAUAUUCUGGCUCUGUGGCUGUGGGCUGCUUGGAGUGGGCAUUUGGCUCUCCGUGUCCCAAGGCAACUUUGCCACCUUCUCCCCCAGCUUCCCUUCGCUGUCUGCAGCCAACCUAGUCAUCGCCAUAGGCACCAUUGUCAUGGUGACGGGCUUCCUGGGCUGCCUGGGGGCCAUCAAGGAAAACAAGUGCCUCCUCCUCAGUUUCUUCAUCGUCCUGUUGGUCAUCCUCCUAGCAGAGCUGAUCUUACUUAUCCUCUUCUUUGUCUACAUGGACAAGGUAAAUGAGAACGCCAAGAAGGACCUGAAGGAAGGCCUGCUGCUCUACAACACGGAGAACAACGUGGGUCUGAAGAACGCCUGGAACAUCAUCCAGGCCGAGAUGCGCUGCUGCGGCGUCACCGACUACACAGACUGGUACCCGGUGCUGGGUGAGAACACGGUCCCCGACCGCUGCUGCAUGGAGAACUCCCAGGGCUGUGGGCGCAACAGCACCACCCCGCUGUGGAGAACGGGCUGCUAUGAAAAGGUGAAGAUGUGGUUUGAUGACAACAAGCACGUUCUCGGCACCGUGGGGAUGUGCAUCCUUAUCAUGCAGAUUCUGGGCAUGGCCUUCUCCAUGACCCUCUUCCAGCACAUCCACCGGACUGGUAAGAAGUACGACGCCUGAGCGCCAGCGGGAGCCCAGCCCCCACGCGGACACUGUGCCAGGGAAGGAGAUUUGAGCUUUGUGUUGCCUGCCCGCACUCCAGACUGCUGCCCCCUGCACCCACGUUCCCCCAGCGCCCUCCACACACCCCGCCUCAGCCUUCUUGGGGUGGAGAGCCAUGGGGAGAAGGCACGGAGACCUUGGGGUGCUGGGGGUGCUGGAUUCCUGCAUCUGUGCAUUUGCCAAAGAAGACAGGGUGGGCCGGGGGGCGCAUUUGAGGAGGCCGCACCGAUGGUGGCUACCCCGCCCUUCCUCACACCACACUGUGCGCGUGGGGGGCCGUGAGUGCUCCCGCCUGGCGGAGAGACUGCCCAGCAGAGGCCUCCCUUCGGAGAGCGGGAGCAGCAGCCUCCGGCCAGGCACCCAAGGAGCACCUUGCCCAGGCUUUUUAUACCUUACAGUGUAACUUUUUUAUUUUAUUUUACUCUGAUUAUGAUUAUUCAGGAAUAUUAUCUCAGAUAAGUUUAGGGUUAGCUUUCUGAUUUAUAACUUUUUACUGUGUUGAUUUCUGUAACAGUUUGAUUUUUGUCUGAGGGUGGGAGACGGGUGGGAGAGAGGACGUCCGUCGGGUUUCAGUCAGGACAAACCACUGUGCAGCAGUCAGGAGGCACUGGGUGAGGUGGGCCAGCCUGCGUUCAGAUGCUCUGAGGGAGGCGGCCGGGGCUGCUCUGUCUGCCCCGCGGCCUGUGGCACCGGAGCCUGGAAGAGGAGGUGAAACAGAGGCACGUGCAGCCGCGCGAGGAGCGCCCUGCUCAGGAGCGUCCUGCUCAGGAGCCACGUGUCUGCGCGUGCUGGCGCAGGAGGCCAGAGCAGCGGGGUCCCUGGGGGGCUGCCGGGUGCUUUCCCAGGAACACAGCUGGAGCCGUUGUGGGUCCUUCCACUUCAUGAUGAGCAGUCGCUUUUCCUUCCCUUCCUCCUUCCCGCGACAUCUGCCAACCCCAGUGAUUUCACAGACAUUCCUGUAGAAACUCCCGGACACAUACCUCUCGUUCAGCUGCUGCUCACUUUCUCACACUGCUUCUGGGAGGGAGGCAGUCCUGAGGUUUUGCUGCUCAGUCAGUGGCAGAGGACCCUGGAGUCAGGAGGGCAGGUGGAAGUGGUGCCCGUGACCAUUCCAGCCGGUGCACUGGGCUGCUGGUUCCUGCUGGGAGGAAGGGGGAGGUGUCCGUCCAGGUCCCGGGACUCAUCUCCUUCCUCGGGGCUCAUGGAUGGUGGGGUGGGUGGCAAUCAUGUCCCCAGUGACCGCAAGGAAAAGUACAGAAAACUGAGAGAUGUCAGACUGGAUCCUGUUAAGUAGCCCCAGGAGGAAGCCGUCUGGGAGAUGAGAGGUGGGCGGGCAUUCGGCUGCGACAGCGCCCACCAGAACUUAUGCUGGUCUAAGCGAGCAUUUUGCAGUUAAAGAAGCAAGUCAAGUAUCUGUGGGAUGGAGCUUGAAAAGGUUCCCCACCCGCUAGGUGGGGCCUGGGUGCUUCCCCAGGUGGGGCCUCAGGGAGGCUGCCUUUUUCUACACCACGUGACUCCAGCCCUAGUUUCCCACCAGGCCCAUAUCUCUCCGGCCUCCAUCUGUCUGUUCCAAGAGCUGAGACUCAGCUGCCCAGCCAGCAACCCCUCCCCUGAUCUUCAGUGCAGUGCAGUCAGGCCCAGGAGGACAGAACUUUGGGUGAGCUCAGGACUCACUUCUUUGGAGGGUGGGGAGUGAGUUGGGCAGUAGAGCCACCUCCUGAGAGCUGGUGCAGAUGGGAGAGCUGGGGAGGUGGGGCCUGGGGUGGAGGAGGGGUAAGCACAUGUUUGAGCAAAACUGCCUCUGGGUCCUCUGGCCGCCUCCGGGAACCCCAGUCUGCAGAGCUCCUAGCGGCCUGCCACCAGGCCAUUGUGGAGACACCCAGCAAACAGCAUUCAAGUCGGGCAGUGGGACGUGGUGCAUACUGAGUUUGUGCCGGGGGUGGGGGGUUGUUUAUGCCUAUCAAUGCAAUUUUUAAUUUUUGUUAAAAUCAACAGCAAAAGCCUAGCACCUUGGGAGGUGUGGCCUCCCUGGCAGUGUUUUGUUUCUGGAGCUUCAGGGGCAUCCUCUGGCCUGGAGCCCUGGCCACAGACCCCCUUCCUCCUUUGAGCCCCACCCUAUCGUCUGUCCUCAGAGCCUUGUCACAGUUCCCAAGCUCCCUUCUGGCCUCCUCCUGUGCUUGGUGGUUCCGUCAUUGGCUGAGUCGACACUGGGUAAAAGGUGCUGAGCAUGGGCUGGAGUGCUCUUCCAAGCCCGUGUCUGGCCCACACUGUGUUGGAGGCCGCAGCUGUGGCUUCCCCACCAGAGUCAGAGUUCAUUUAGUCAGGUCUGAUGCAGGCAGUUUACAGAAGGCUCAGAAGGUCAGGGUGCUGCAGACGGCAUCAGGGGAAUGCCUUCCCUGGCCUUUCUUUGCAGCCACCUCGGGAGGUGAGUGAGCAGGGCCUGAGCCCUGCUCCGGGGGCUGCAGCAGGUGUGGGCACAGUCUCCCCUGCACUCCUGCGGGCCUGGGCCUGCAUCCUGGGCUCGCUCAGGAAGGCUGCUGAGCCCACCCCAGAUGCUCAUGCAAAUGUUCUGGUCUGACUUGGAACCAGGUGGCCAUCCCUCCUUGUUUUAGUGGCCAACGAGCAGCCAAAUGGAUGGAAACGACUGUCCGGCUCUUGGGCCCCCUGCCCACCACUGGUGGAGGUGCUAACUAGCAGGGACCUGGUGUAGGAUGGGAGCUGGGCCAGGUGCGUGGGGUCCGCUCUUGGUCCUUCAGCCUUUCAGAGUCUGGGCCUCAUUUCCCCUUCUCCCAUUUCCCUCCUCUCCCUGCAGUGAAGCAGUAGUCCAGGGUGGGGCCUGGCCUUCCUGCCCUCACCGGGCACUCUGAGGGCCAGGCCUUGGGCCUGUGCCCACACCCUGCCCAGCACGGGAGAGCACGCCUGUUGGUUUCAAAUGCACUUUUCUGCUUGUGAUGCGGUAUCUGCGUUUCCUUCAUCCUAGUCCUGGCUUUAUUGAACACCAUGUUUUUAGCAUGUUUUUAAAUAAAACCUGAUAAUAUGUCAAAAGCACAA